AUCUGGCGCACCGCCAUUUCUUUCGAGGCGGACAGUGUGAACUAUAUGCUCUCAUGGUCCCGUCGCACAACUGCGAUGAGCGUCUUGCUCUACUGCCAUUGCAGGGUCGAUCGAAAGCACUCCGUGAGACCGGCGACAUGGCGACAACCAAACUGUCAUUCCCCAAUUCGCGGCCCUACGCCUUCCAGUGUCCGAUUGCAACCACGGCGUUGAUCAUCAUCGACAUGCAGCGAGACUUUUUGGAUCCCAAUGGCUUCGGGUACAUCCAAUGCGGAAACCCCGAGAUCUUCUCAUCUGUUCGCAAGAUCGUGCCGACGGUUCGGAAAGCGCUCGAUGCCGCGCGUUCCAUUGGGAUGCAUGUGAUUCACACGCGAGAAGGCCAUCGCCCAGAUCUUUCGGACUUGCCUGCGGCCAAAAAGCUGCGGCAGGUCAGCGCGCCGAAUGGCCACCACGCAAUGGGUAUCGGCGACCAAGGACCCAUGGGAAGGCUGUUGGUGAGGGGUGAAUGGGGUCACGAUGUCAUCGACGAGCUGACGCCACACCCUGGCGAAAUCGUCAUCGACAAGCCUGGAAAGGGGAGCUUCUGGGGUACGGGAUUGCAUCGAAUGCUGUUGGCCAGGGGGAUAACCCAUUUGCUGUUUUCGGGUGUUACAACUGAGUGUUGCGUGACGACGACAUUGCGAGAGUGCAACGACCGCGGCUACGAAUGCUGCAUUCUCUCCGACUGCACAGGGGGUUUCGACCAGCAGAUGGUGACGACCUCGCUGGAUAUCAUUUGCGGCCAAGACGGACUCUUCGGAUACAUCGGCCACAGCUCCGACUUUCUGUCUCAAGUGGAACAGCUCCCCAAACCCAGCGCGCCUCCUGGCGCUCUUGCUCCGGAUGUCGAGCUCCCCUCAGUCUCUGAGCUACAGCGCCUCUACAAGCAUGGCCUUGUAGACCCGGCGGCCGUUGUCAAUCUGGUCUUUGAUAAGAUCGACAAGUACCAGGCAACAGACCCCGCGGUCUGGAUCUCGAAACAGGCGCGGGACGACGUCCUACGGGCAGCCGCCGCCCUCUCCGCAGAGUACGCCGGCAAACCGCUGUCUCCUCUUUUCGGAGUACCCUUUGCGGUCAAAGACAGCAUCGACGUGGCAGGGAUCGUUACUACUGUGGCGUGUGAGAGCUUUGCCUACACGGCUACUUCCACAGCUCCGUGUAUCCAGCACCUACUCGCUGCUGGCGCCUUGUACAUUGGUAAAACGAAUCUGGACCAGCUUGCGACGGGCCUGUCCGGAUGCAGGUCACCAUACGGGACUCCGCACAGCGUGUACAGCAAUCGUCACAUAUCAGGCGGCUCUUCGUCUGGGUCAGGCGUCGCGGUCGCGGCCGGGCUCGUUUCCUUCGCUGUUGGGACAGACACGGCGGGGAGCACCCGUGUCCCAGCCGCCUUGAACGGCAUUGUUGGCUUCAAGCCGACCAAGGGGACCAUCUCUGCUCGGGGACUGGUGCCGGCAUGCAAGAGCCUUGACGCCAUCACAGUCCUGGCGCCGUGCAUAGCCGAUGCGCGGCAAGUUUGGCACAUCAUUGACCGGCACGAUUCACUAGAUCCGUACGCCAAGACACCAAACAGCUUGUCGACGUGGAAAGUGGACUUCCGGGGGCCAGAAGAAGGAGGGUUCACGUUUGGGAUCCCCCCGUCCUCGCUCUUGCAACAGUGCUCCAAGGCGUACCAGGAUUUGUUUAAAGCAGCCGUUGAGAAGCUGCAAUCUUGCGGAGGAAGAUUGAUCGACAUAGACUUCACACCGUUCGCCAAAGCCGGUGAUCUUCUCUACGAUGCAACCCUGGUGCAUGAGCGGCUCGCUUCAAUUGGACACGACUUUUUCAUCAAGAACAUCAACAGCCUCCAUCCUACGACCAAGGCCCUUUAUGAAUCUGCCCUUUCUACGCACCUGAAGCCAUGGCAGGUAUUCAAUGACCAAGCCGCACAGGCGCAAUACACCAUGCAGGCGAGAAACACUUUUGAUACCCUGGAGGGCGGCAUCGAUGUUCUCGUGGUCCCCAGUGUGCCCUGCCACCCCACGAUCGAGGAGAUGUCGGGAGAUCCGAUUGCGCUCAAUUCUAGGUUGGGCAUGUUCACUCAUGCGGCAAAUGUGGUUGAUAUGUGUGGUGUCAGCGUCAAUGCCGGAUUCGUGGAAGUCGAGCAAGGAGUCAAGUUGCCAUUUGGUGUUACAAUCCUCGGCGGGAGCGGGUACGAUGGCAAGGUGCUGGACAUUGCCGCUGUCUUUGAGGCGUGUAUUGAGGAGACGAGUAGAAGAUGAGCAUGUGAGGGGUGCACAGCAGUAAUGAGCGACAUCAGGUGGGAGGCCUGUCUCGAUGCUGGUUUGCGUAAGUCGCCUAGUUCAGAGUUAUAGAGUUAGAUAAGGGUACACUAGAGUUGAA